GUGACCAAUUGACGUCAUUGGUUCUCUAAAGGGAAAAAGAAGGUGUGGGAUUCUGCCGAUCGUGUCUUCAAGACCGACUGAUCGGAUUGUUGUUCUGGUUUAUGUUUUCAAUCUGAGGGGCAUUCUAUCAUUUAAAGCAGUUGUUCGUGGAAACAAGUGAUCCGGGAUGGCGGAACCAAACGCCAGAUAUCAGCAGCUGACCAAUGAGGAGGAGUCAGAGCAAGUUCCACAGCAGGCAGCAGCCGAUGCCCCGCCCCCAUACAGUUGCGUUUCUGCAGAAAAUGCUGCUUACUUUGACCUCAAGGACGACGGAGCCUUCCCCAAGCCCCCCUCCUACAACGUGGCCACAACGCUGCCAUCCUACGAUGAGGCGGAACGGACCAAGGCUGAGUCGACAGCCGUUCCCGUGGAUGAGGACUUUGGGACCAGGGAGGACAUCGAGGACAGCGACCAGCUCAGGAUAGGAAACGACGGCAUCUUCAUGUUGACCUUCUUCAUGGCACUGCUGUUCAAUUGGAUCGGGUUCUUCCUGUCCUUCUGCCUGACCUCCUCUGCUGCCGGCCGCUACGGGGCCAUCUCAGGCUUUGGCUUGUCACUCGUCAAAUGGAUCCUCAUUGUUCGGUUCUCAAGCUACUUCCCCAGUUACUUUGACGGCCAGUACUGGCUGUGGUGGGUCUUCCUGGUGCUGGGGUUCCUGCUCUUCCUCAGAGGCUUCAUCAACUACGCACGCGUCCGCAAGAUGGCCGACUCCUUCACCACGCUACCCCGAACCCGCGUCCUCUUCAUCUACUGAGAAUCCCUUCUCUUCAUCUUCUUCGUGUCUCUGGCCUGUCUUUGAUUUAUUAUCAUGAAUGACGUAACUUCAUCAAACACACGGCUGUAACAUCUAGUUUGAUCCUUUCUUUUCGCCAUGUGAUUCUCUGGAAUGUGUGUGUGUGUGUGUGUGUGUGUGUGUGUGUGUGUGUGUGUGUGUGUGUGUGUGGUCUAAAUAAUGCCUUAUCUCUACUUUAUUGUAUAUAGCUACAUGUAAAUGUCUGUAGAGACGCAUGUACUGCUCCUCCACCAGAGGGCAGUCUUGUUGCGUGUUUGCCCCUAUAGUGCUUGUUAAAGACCCGGUCUUUGAUGGCUCUCGGCCUCUGGACCAACACAUUGGAGGGCUAGGUGUAUUAGUUAAGGGUACUAAGUAAUAUAUUCCAUAUACAUGAAGUUACUGUACUUUCAUUGAUAUUUAGGAGUGAUAAUUGAUUGCGGGAUGUUUCCACUGUGGCCCUGGUAUACCAAACAGCUGAGAGCAUUAGCAGAUGUUUGCAGCUGGGCUGUGUCACCUCAAAGCAGCUAUCGAUUAAUUUACAGAACCUAUUCCAUCACGGUGGAAGACCAAGAAAAUCCUUUUUUUCUUUUGUUGUAUUUUCAAACUAAUAGUCACGCAAGCAAAGUUAUCCAAAUAUAAGUGAUACAUAAUAAAACUAGAAGAGAUCUAUAAGAUUUGUGUUGUGGUGGGCUGGAGUAGAAAAGAACUUCCCAGGAUCUGUUUCUGUAAUAUAUGCUUUUUCUUUUGAGUUUCCAGUGAAUCCCGUGGUGGAUUCAAAAUGGUGGUUUUAGGUCACUAUUUGAGAGAGUGUAACUGGCAAUGAAGAACGGCAAACACUGAAAAGCUUUGAUUUUCUUCUCAUGGUGUAUUGAUAAAUGAAUAAAUUCAGAAUUUCAAUGAUGAAA